AUACAAGAGUAUUACCUCGCUGCUUUUUGUUAUAUAAGCGUUCUUUUUCCCAUAUAGUCUUACAGAACCUGAAGACACUCACAUGAGAGAUUCAUCUGCUGAAGCAGAAACAAUGAGGGUCGUUCUGCUCCUCUGUUCUGCCUUCGCUCUGAGCGUCACAACAGCAGAUCCAGUGAAGAAGAUGAAGCCAGAACCAGUGGAGGAUCCCCUGCCUGUCCAGCAAAACAAGACUGCAGAUGAGAAGCGAGGGGAACUGCUGCGCAGAAUUACAGGGAUGGGGACUAAAUGGCAGGGAACCGUGCUUCCUCCAGACUAUUUUCCUGGAGAGAACAACUGUCCUUUCCACUGGCACAGCUAUAGGGGGCGAUGUUUCUCCUUCAUCAACAUCCCAAUGGCCUGGAUGGAAGCUGAGAAACAUUGUUGGCACUAUGGCGCCAAUCUGGCAUCCAUUCAUGACGAACAGGAGCACAAUUUCAUCCGGGACUUUGUAAUGGACAGCAAUUAUUAUGGUCUUUAUGGCCCAGCCUGGAUUGGUGGCCAUGAUGCUGUUAGGAGUGGGGAGUGGUUAUGGAGUGACGGUUCAGUAUUUGAUGUCGGGAGCUGGGCCACACUCAUGCCAAGCAUCUGGAAUAGAUGGAAUAAAUGCCUUUCAAUGGGUCUGGCAGAUACAAGGUAUUGUGAAGAGAUGUUUCCCUUUGUCUGUGGAACAAGACCGGAUCUGAUGCUUUUAAUGUGACAUAUCGCUCCUGUUCAAGACAUUCCUGUCUGUUCUAUGGUUAAAGUAUAUGCAGACUGACUACAUGAGAUCACAUGAAACGCUUUCAAAACCAAAUUCUGUCAAUCAUUUGGAAAAUAAAAGCAGUUUCUCUGA